AUGAAACUAUAUACAUCCGGCGUAGCUCUCGUCACUGGUGCUGGUCAGGGUAUCGGCAAAGCCACCGCCCUCUCCUUUGCAGAAUCCGGCGUCCGUGGGCUAGUCCUUGCUGGGCGAACACCCGCCCCCCUCCACGCUACCGCCAUCGAAUGCAAAGCCAUCGCCGAGAACCCCGAAUUUGAUGUCCUCAUCGUCCCCACCGAUAUCAGCAUCGAGGAAUCCGUCAAGAACCUCAUGAAAACUGCCGUAGACCACUUCGGACGAGUUGAUUACUGUGCGAACGUCGGCGGAACGAUGGGAACCAAGAUGAAGUUCUCCUCUAUACCCACCGAAGAUUGGCUUGCUAUCCAGCAGACGAAUAUUAACGGCAUCUUCUGGCUUGUACGAGAGCAAAUUAGUGUCAUGGAGAAGCAAGAACGACUGGUCACGCCUAUCACCUCUCCCAAGCGUCCGGCCGAGCGCGGGAGUAUCGUCGUGCUCAGUGCAGCGGCAGCAGUGAUAGCCUUGCCUGACGGAGGAGCUUAUACACACACGAAAUUUGCAACAAACGGCUUGACGAAAGCUGCCGCGCAAGACCACGCCUCGAACGGUAUCCGUAUCAACGCCAUUCUCCCCGGGUACAUCUACACCGAAGGACUGGCCUCUCACCCUGCAGCCACACCAGAAGCUGCCAAGCGGAUCGUCGACGGGUGCCCUCUCGGACGCUUCGGCGAAGCAGGCGAGAUUGGAGACCUCAUCGUCAUGAUGAGCUCACCACGGAACGGCUUCAUGAUAGGGAGCAGCGUCUUAGUUGAUGGCGGGCAGACGUUGAGCGGGGAGUAG